CCCUCAUGGCCUUUUGUCUUAAUUUCAUCUUCUUCUUCCAAGAAGAACCUGUUUCUCUUCAUCUUCCCAGAUUCUUGGUCUCAACAGUUCGCAUCCAUGGAGUUUCAACGUGAAAGUCUGUGAUAAAAGAUAAAAAAACACAGCUUGAUUAAGGUCAGUUGUAAUUUGAACUGAAUGGCAAUGUCAUUACAGCAGCUUCUGUCUGAGGAAGGAUUUAAGGGCAGGAGAUUAAAGAAACUAUCAAGAGCUUCAACAGGGCUGCAAACUGCAAGUGGAUCACUUUAUCCAGUUCAAGGAAGACAUAAAUCUUCUGGUGUUAGGAGGCCGGAGAGAACGAGAUCCGAUAUACCUCUGUAUGAUUCUGAAAGAAACAAUGCAACAAGAGAAAGAAUUCAAGAUUGGAAGCCAAGGGCAGGAAACAAAGACAAAUCUUUGAUUAUGAAGCAGAAAAGCAAGAAACUUUAUGCAGAAUCAUCAUCUGAGGAAUCACCUGAUUCUGAGAUAAUUGAUGCUGCAAUGAGCAAUGAGAUAGUUGAGAUUGGCAGAAGUGAUCAGAGGUACAAAGAUGUUUACUCGAACCAAGUCUACAGCCACGAGGGGAGCGAGAAGGGCAGGCAACAUAGUACAACAACAUAUGCUAACAAUUACAGGAAAAACAUUGUACAUGCUGAGAUGUCUGGUGCCAGUUCCAAGCGAAACUCGCUAAAUGGGAAGAGUUUCGAUGAUAGCAGAGGUAGAAGGAAGGCGGGGAUCGAGCAGGCUAUGGAUACUCCUUCAAUUGACGAAGCUGCUACUCAAGCCAUCGUUUCCAUCUUGAGUAACCACAUAAAAUCCUUUCUUCGAGACGAGGAUUUCAGGGCAUCUCUUCGGCAUAACAGCUUUGCUUCCUUGAAUUUUUCUGGUUUAUCAGAAGGACUGGAUGUGAAGAGCAAGAUCAUAACCAAUCUCGAACAAGCCAUAGAAACAGUGGAAAAAUCUGCAGAAGGUUCUGCAGGUCUAAAAGAGCUGAAAAAGGCAUCAUUGCAGCUUAGUGUCAUUACAGGUUUGAAUUCCAGUGAUCUAAAAGACGGGUUCACAUCUGGAAUUCCCAAUGUUAAGCUUGCAGCCUGUGCUCAUCUAUAUCUCAGUGUGAUAUAUAAGCUGCAGAGAAAAGACCGAAUCGCUGCAAAGCAUAUCCUGCAAGUAUUUUGUGAUUCUCCAUUGCAGGCGAGGACGAGUCUAUUGCCAGAUUUGUGGGAUAAUAUAUUCCUCCCACAUCUAUCCCACUUGAAGAUUUGGUACAUUAAAGAACUUGGCAUGCUCGAAAGUCCAGACAGCAAAUCAAGAAAGCUUAAGGUUCUUGAAAAAGUAUACAAUGAGACUAUGGAUACUGGGACUAAUAAGUUUGCGGUUUACUACAAGGAUUGGUUAACAGAAGGAGUUGAGCCUCCUUCAAUCCCUUCCGUCAAAAUUCCAUUUUUAUCUCCUCAGCUGGCUCGGAACGAAGAUCCCAAUAGCGUUUCGUGCAUUGUAGGCAGUUUCUCACCCCAGCCAGUGGUGAGUAAAAAGUUAUAUGAUGAGGUAUUUCGGCAUAAAAAUGGAGUGGAAUUGGACUACUACAAGGAAGAAAGCUAUGGCGGGAGUGCAUCAAUGUCGAAUGGUAGUGUCACUGAAGAAACACACUGCUCUCAAAUAGUUAAAAUUGAACCUUACGCUACAUGCCAGUCUUAUAGCAUGCCAAUAACUGAAGAGGCAGAGAUUCAAGAAGAGAACAAACUAGUUGAACAUUUUAGCGAUGUUCAUCCAAAGCCAUCAAUUCAAGAAAUUUAUGGUACUAUAGAUGCUGCACCUCAUUCAAAGGUAAUCAAGAUUAUCAUCGAGAGGAUAGCAAAAGCGUUUUUUGGACAGCAGAAUACCGAGGAAUCUGUUGAUAGUGAAAGGCCUUUAGGUUUGAGCAUCCCAACCGAGUUUAUCUGCCCUCUGACUGGACUUGUUUUUGAAGAUCCGGUGACCCUUGAGACUGGACAAAGCUUCGAGAGAGCAGCUAUUUUGAACUGGUUCUCCAAAGGAAAUAGAACUUGUCCAAUAACGAGCAAAAAGCUAGAAUGCCAAGCUGUGCCUCUAAGUAACUUCAUUCUAAAACGCGUUAUUGAUAAGUGGAGGUCUGAGCAUUGGCAGCAUCUAUUGGCCUUUUCAUCUCAAUUCGCGAGUGAUUCAAAGGCUGAGAUAGCUGUUUCCAUCCUAGAAAAGCUUCUUAUCGUUUCGAGUAUAGAUGAAAGAACGAAAAAUGUGAAACAGCUUAUAUGCCUUGGAGGUUUACAGUUUCUCAUCCACAGAUUCAACCUUGGGAACCUUAAUGAGAAGAAAUGUGUCUCCGCUUUGCUAUCCUCUUGCAUCGAAGCUGACUCUAAUUGCAGAAACCUCAUUGCCAGAAACAUUGAUAAAAUGUGUCUGCUUGAGGUUCUUUGCAGUGAGGAUUUAGAAUCUGUUCAGAAUGCUAUUUCAUUGAUGACCGAGCUGAUUUGCCUGAACAGGAGAAAAGAUGCAACAUAUUUUCUAUCUGGCCUUCAAAGUGACGAUAUAGCAAAUAUAACGAUUCUGUUAUCGACCUAUCUGCAGAGCUCUCACUGCAAACAGAAAUCGCUGGUUGCUGUAUUAAUCUUGCAUUUUCACCUUCUGACAGACACACAAUGUUCCAAUGUUUGUAUAGAUGGAGCCAUUGAUGCUAUUACAGUUGCAUUAGAAAGCAGCUUUUUGGAUGAAAGGCUAAUAGAAAUGUGUUGCAAAGGACUCCUUAUACUAGGAAGGCAUUUUUCUGCAUUUGGGAAGAUUAUGACAGAAGAUUGGAUCUUAAAGCAGGCUGGAUUUAUUGAUCGUUUUGAAUCGGAUCUUGAAAGCACAGAAGACAAUGAACCAGACAAUGGAAGGAUAACAAUGAUGGAUGAUGGUGAAGAAGAGGUGAGGGAGGAGUGGCAGGCGAGAAUGUCAGCCAUGCUUCUUGGAAGCGGCAAGAAGUCAUUUUUGGGAGCACUUUCGAUGUGUUUAGCCUCCGGGAAUAUAGAAUUGGUUAGGGUGUGCCUGACAACAGUAGCAUGGUUGAGCUCAGUGCUCGCUUCUUCUUCACGGUCUGGUUCAGAGUUCGAGCUGUCUGCCUUCUCAGCUCUCAUCUGUCAGCUGAAAGCGUGCCUCGAACAUGGCAAGCUGCUCGAGCACAAGGUUCUUGCUUCUGUCUGUCUACUCAAUUUCAGCAAAAUACCAGAAUGUAGAGUCUUACUGAUGAUGAUCGGAGAGGUAAUCGAGGAUACCCUCGAAUGCCUUGCUGAAGUUACAUGGGUCGCAAGAGAGCUACAGACUGUUAUUUCCAGCUCCUAAGGUAGAGCCAAGCAAGAAGCAAUUUGCAGAAAAUAUAAUUGAAGUGGAAAAAGCUUCCUGUAUAUGAAAGUGAAUAUAAAUUGUUGAAUUGUUGAUGGUUCUCUCAGUGUACAUUGUAGAUUAGUUUACUCUUUACAUUAUUCAUCUUUUAUGAACAUUUGCAAACUCUGAACUACUUGUCACAAUCUGUAAGAAUGGUUCCUUGAUAAUAAGUUGAUAUAAGAAUGGAGAUUG